AUGAGUGUGAAUAAAAAUCAACUAGUUAAAAAUGAUAUCGUAGCAAAUCGCUUAAAAGAGUAAGCGGAAGCUGUGAAUAAAUAUGCUGUAAAACAAAAAAAACAUGUUUAUGGGAUACCCUUCACAUUUUAUUUGGGAAAUUCAAAAACUGAUGACACGACAAAAUAUGGUCAUAAAACCAUUCAAGAUCUAAUCAAUUUUGUUAAUAAAAAAAAAGCAGAAUAACCAAAAGGCGAAUUACAAAAUUAACCCUAAUCAUCUCCUAACUUUUUUGCUUUCGAAAGUUCUGACAGUCAAAAUAUGCUUAGCCAUUCUAUUUUACUUAAAGACGUAAGGACUGUUUACAUGAAAGAUAUAUCCUCAGUCAAUAUGGCCUAUAUCCAUCUAUUUGGAAAAAAAAAUGUUUGCACAUAUUACAUCAAUAAGACUCAAAUCACAGUAGAGGAAUUAAUUUAAUAAUUUAAUUAAGACCCAGCUAACAAAGAUUGUAUGAUCGAUACAAGAACAGAUAAAUAUGGCAUUGGAAGUCGACUUGAACCAGGAAUGCAAAUAAAUGAUAACAUCAUGAAAUCCUUGGUAAGUAAUUAUGUCGAGGAUGGAGAAGGAUUGAUUAGAAUAUUGCCAUAUUGAUCAUAUAUUAUAUUUUAGUAUAUAUGACAGAAUGAGC